AUGGGAUCACCGCUUGGACCGUUCCUUGCAAAUGUUUUUAUGGGCAAAGUCGAGAAAACAAGCUUGCAGGAGACCAUUAAUGGCCUUGCCUUCUACGGUCGGUACGUGGACGAUAUCUUCUGCCUGGCGGAUGGUACCACCGAUACCGAGGAGCUUGUUCAAAAGUUCAACAGUGCGCACCCCUCGCUAAAGUUCACUGCAGAGACCGAGGCAGAUAACGAACUUGCCUUUCUCGAUGUCCUUCUGCACAGGCAAGAGGAUGGGUCUAUCCAGCGCAGGGUGUCGAAAGAAAACCUGGACGGGACAAUACGUUAA